AUGUUUUACUUAGCGAAAAAAGCGGUACCAUUUAUCCUUAGUUCUGUUAGUAUCAGGACAACAGCUCGCUUAUCGUCAAAGGUUCACUCGUUGUACAAUGUUUUUGAACUUCCAAGAGAUGCAACUCACCAGGAAAUCAAAGAAGCUUUCUAUCGGCUGUCAAAAAUAUAUCAUCCUGAUGUGACAGGUGACCCUUGCGCCAGAGAAAAGUUUCAUGAAUUGAUAAGAGCUUAUGAAGUUUUGGGGAACCCGGUUAAACGCAAUGAGUAUGAUCGUGGCCUAAUACAACCAAGAAGAGACGUAGUUAACCAUUUCUAUGAAGGAGGACAUACUAUUGAUGCUUUAAAGGAUCAAAGCGUGGAUAGUUUUAAAGCAUCCUAUGUCAAAAAAUACAACCGGAACCUAAAGGAAGAAUGGGAGAAGCGAGCUGACCCUGAGUUGACGAUGACGGCCAUUGAAAUGAGAGAUGAACAUCGGAGGGCCAUCUCCUUUAUAGCUUUAGUAUUUAUUGCUAUAGUCGUUUUUGGGCAUCUUUAUUCAGUGUUAACAGAAGAACCCAUAGAAUUUUCGGAACCUGUGGAAGAUUAG